CAGUGGGCUCCUCUUGCGCGCACCUGUCACCUUGACCAAGCCCUCGUUCGGCGCAGCGUGGGCUGACCAGUGCCGUCUAACGCGUUCUUUCUCCCUCAAGUGCAGGGGCUUAGCCUCGCUCUGGCCGCGCCAUGGACGGCUCCUUCGUGCAGCACAGCGUGCGAGUCCUGCAGGAGCUCAACAAGCAGCGGGAGAAGGGGCAGUACUGCGACGCCACGCUGGACGUCGGGGGCCUGGUGUUCAAGGCGCACUGGAGCGUGCUGGCCUGCUGCAGCCACUUCUUCCAGAGCCUCUACGGCGAAGGCCCCGGGGGCAGCGUGGUCCUCCCCGCCGGCUUCGCCGAGAUCUUUGGCCUCCUGUUGGACUUCUUCUACACCGGCCACCUUGCCCUCACCUCAGGGAACCGGGAUCAGGUGCUCCUGGCUGCCAGGGAGUUGCGAGUGCCCGAGGCUGUGGAGCUGUGCCAGAGCUUCAAGCCCAAAGCCACGGGGGGACAGGCCUCGAGCGGCCGAGCUGUCUGCCAGGGGGUGGACAGCCACCUCCCGGAGCCGGUGGGACUGCAGGAAGAGCCGCUCUCCAGGACGCUGGGCCUGGUCCCCGGGGAGCCCCAGGGCAGCCCCGGCCCCCAGGCUGCCUCGCUCCAGCCCCACGCUCAGGGUGCCAGCCCCUCCUUCCUGCGUGGGAAGUUCAGGCAGGCCUUGAACCCUGGUGUCUCGGAGGACAAGGAGCCGGAGGACUGCAGAGUGCCCCCCAGGCCCUUGGAGGCCGAAGGUGCCCAACUGCAGGACGAGAGGCAUGAGUGGGAGGUGGUGGUCCAGGUGGAGGACGGUGCUGGUGAUUCCGUGUCGGAGUCCGAGCCCGUGCUGACCCGGCGCAAGUCCAGCCAACUCCGAAAGCCGUGUGGCACCAAGCCAGCCCUAGGCGCGGGUGCCACGGAAGCUGCCGAGAACAGAAAAGGGACAGCCGUGCCUGUUGAGUGCCCCACAUGCCAUAAAAAGUUCCUCAGCAAGUACUACCUGAAGGUCCACAACAGGAAGCACACUGGGGAGAAGCCCUUCGAAUGUCCCAAAUGUGGCAAGUGCUACUUCCGGAAGGAGAACCUGCUGGAACACGAGGCCCGGAACUGCAUGAACCGCUCUGAGCAGGUCUUCACGUGCUCCCUGUGCCAGGAGAGCUUCCGCCGGAGGAUGGAGCUGCGGCUGCACAUGGUGUCCCACACGGGCGAGAUGCCUUACAAGUGCUCCUCCUGCCCCCAGCAGUUCAUGCAGAAGAAGGACUUGCAGAGUCACAUGAUCAAGCUGCAUGGCGCCCCCAAGCCCCAUGCGUGUCCCACCUGUGCCAAGUGCUUCCUGUCCCGGACGGAGCUGCAGCUCCAUGAGGCGUUCAAGCACCGCGGGGAGAAGCUCUUUGUGUGCGAGGAGUGUGGGCACCGGGCCUCGAGCCGCAACGGCCUGCAGAUGCACAUUAAGGCUAAACACAGGAAUGAGAGGCCGCACGUCUGUGAGUUCUGCAGCCACGCCUUCACCCAGAAGGCCAACCUCAACAUGCACCUGCGCACACACACGGGCGAGAAGCCCUUCCAGUGCCACCUCUGCGGCAAGACCUUCCGGACCCAAGCCAGCCUGGACAAGCACAACCGCACCCACACAGGCGAGAGGCCCUUCAGCUGUGAGUUCUGUGAGCAGCGCUUCACCGAGAAGGGGCCCCUCCUGAGGCACGUGGCCAGCCGCCACCAGGAGGGCCGCCCCCACUUCUGCCAGAUCUGCGGCAAGACCUUCAAAGCCGUGGAGCAGCUGCGUGUGCACGUCAGACGCCACAAGGGGGUGAGGAAGUUUGAGUGCACUGAGUGUGGCUACAAGUUCACGCGGCAGGCCCACCUGCGCCGGCACAUGGAGAUCCACGAUCGCGUGGAGAACUACAACCCGCGGCAGCGCAAGCUCCGAAACCUGGUCAUCGAGGACGAGAAGAUGGUGGUGGUGGCACUGCAGCCGCCUGCGGAGCUGGAGGUGGCUUCAGCCGAGGUCAUCGUGGAGUCCCUGGCCCAGGGUGGCCUGGCCCCUCCGCUGCCUGGCCAGAGACUGUGUGCUGAGGAGAGCUUUGCCAGCCCCGGAGUGACGGAGCCAUCCCUGCUCAUGACGGCAGCCGUCACUGAGGACUGCGACACGUAGCACGCCCGCCCACCGAGACCCGCUGGCCCCGGACCCAAUAAAACAUGCUGUUGGACUC